AUGUCGACUAUUCUUGCAGACACGAGCACGCCGCCUCGUAGGCGUCGGUCGUUCUCCCCAAAGUUCAGCAGCAUCUUCCGCAAGUCCCGCCGAAGCUCGACUGCGCCCGAAAGCCCGGCCGAACCGCUGAACCAGCCCUCUGCGCGUGGGGCCAGCAAGGACAAGAGCAGCGAGAAGCUUGGUGCCACAGGAAGCCGCCUGUCCAUCGUCUCAGAGGCAGAGGAGGACGUGGAUGACUUUGAUGUGCGAAGCAUCGUCGUCACGCCAUCGGACACUGCGCCCAUUGCCUCUCCGCUCGUUCGCCGCCGCUCUUCGGCCUCUGGUGCCGUCCGCGUUGAGAGCUCAACAACAGCAGCAACAAUGGCUGGUGCGACGGGAACAGCGCAGGGGACAAGAGUGUCUUCAGGGCGAAGCAGCAACGAUUCCGUUGUGGUUGAAGGCAUUGACCCGUCCAGCGAAGGCACGUCGAGCGACGCAGAGUGUCUGCAGGCAACGCACGCGGGCCUGGAUCGCAACUCGUCCCAGGAGUCAAGCUCGGAGGAUAACUUGGGCACGCGCAACCUGGGUGAUGGAUUCACCUUCAACCGCCACUCCACGCGCAUGCAAUCCCUUGUCCACCACCGCGAAGGGCACACGGGCGAUCGCGGCACCUUCAAUGCAUCACGAUCCGUCCGGCACCGCCGACGCAAGUCCCGCAACAUCGAAGACACCCUGGUCCGUUGCACUGCACGUGUUGCCAUGUACUGA